AUGUCCGAGCUAUCAGAGAACUCCGAUCUCAACAUUGACAAUGAUCUGAAGGACCUCACCUCAGAGGAUGCUGAAGAGCUCAAGGCGUUCUCAGAGAAGCGACGAUGGUUCGAGAGCAAGCUCAAAGUCUUGACUAGUCUACCCCCUGUCUAUCCCUUCUUGCACCCAGUCUUGGAGCAUGAUGGCUCUGAUGUCAUCCGCCAAGGGGCUUCGACAUCUUCAUGGCAACUCCCCUCGGAGAUAGAGGUUCGACAAGCUCAACAGGAUCGAGAUGUCUUAGAGGAUGAGAUAUUGGCCUUUGAUGGUGGUGAACUGGCUAGGAUCAGAGCAAAAGUGAGAGCGCUCACAUCUGUCCCAUUGGCCCCACCUUCCACUCAUAUCGUCUCUGUUGCAUUGGAUCUUGUCGUCCUUGCCGACCGCUUGUUAAAGCUCUUGCGCCAAAGAAGAGAUUUGCUGCACCUCACCGCACUACGACUCAGGUGGGAUAAAUUACGGGGCCAUAUCAGGCUAGAAUGCGAGAGCAUCGUGGCGGAAAUAGGAACUGUCGUAGGCGAGGCUGGGCGCUGGAGACCCACGAUAUCUACGAGUGCCAGACAUCGGACGAGGAACUCCCUUGAUCAACCCUUUCGUAAUACUCCAUCCUUGAUCUCCGUCGUGGCGACAGAAACGCCGCAGACGCCAAAGCGUAUCGUUUCUUCUUCCAUUGCUUCCACCCCCGACCAUGUCCAACGAUCAAGCGACUCUAGUGGAAUGAAGACCCCUCUUGUCAAACCCACCUCCCGACAUUCCAUAGGCACGUCUAGCCCUUCGUCAUUGAAAAGAUCUUUAUUGCAUACAAAACUGUCAAAUCUUCAUAUCCGAUAUGAUCAACUCCAGUCAAUGUUCGUGUCGCCUGGUAGCAAGGCUCUCGACGACAUGGUAGAUCUUGCACCUCAUCUCAAGGGGCUAGGCGACACUCGUGGACCGAAUGAUAUCAAAACUCCGGGCUCUGUUCCCGACCAGCUGCUGGACAUACAAGAUGAGCUGGACAGCAGAGUGCAAGAUGUGUCAGGACGUAUCAGCUGGUGCGAGGAGCUCGAAAGGCAAUGGGAAAGCUCAUCUGGCAGGGCCGAUUCAUAUCAUCAAGCUGUUUCCGGAGCCGCAGAGCUCGCGACCGACCUCUUUCAUGACAUUUUGCAAGUUCGACAAGGUGAAAUCAAGUAUGACGCCUCAAGACUACAAUCGCGGUUGUCGGAAGCAGAAGCUGCUCUUCCGAAAGAGGUCGAUGACACGUUCCCCACCCCUUCACACUCAGCCUACCCCUCUCAUACAGAAUACAACGUAUGGCUCUGUCAAUUCUUAUCAUCCGCUCGAAGAGAUGCGGCAAAGCAGAUUGCGGACUGUUCCCGGCUGGUAAAACUGUUGGGUCAGUUCACCGAUGCCAACGACUCCAUUCUAACUUUCACCCCAAAGGUCGAAUCCUUUGUUCACCAGGCAACCCGAACCCUCACUCUUUUGCGCCAGGGGACUUCCUCUAUUCCUCGACCUUCGCCUGACGUCGCUCAGCUAGAACAGUACGGUAAUCAAUGGUUUGCAGCGGUCCCCGAGUGGCUGGAGAUUGCCCAUAUGUUUGAAUUAGCAGACCCAGUCUGUGACCGUCUACAGCUGGCGGUAACGAAGAGACAGGUAGCGGCACGCGGGAUGUCGGAAAUGACGCAGAGUUUAGUGACGAACCCUGCAGAGCUUGUGAACGAGACAGCCGCCGACGUUCUAAACGAGUCGUCGAUCGUGGUUGAGGAGGUCCGCAAUGAAGCCAGGAUGGUUGCUCUCGAUCUGGAGAUCAUGCCGUUAGCGGUCAGGUGCAUCGAAGCGUCAAAGUCGAUCAUGAUAGAGCUUUUGGACGUUCGCACCGUCGUCACAGAAGCUAUCAGAGCGUCGGACCAGAUGAAUCAACAGACAGAUUUUGGAAGGCGCUUUCAAAAUACCUUGGAUAUUCCCGCCACCCAAUUCUUCAACUGUUUCGACGAAGUGCACGCGCUCAUAACGAACAGAGGACAAAUAGAGCGCUUCCGUCCCCUCGAGACAUACCUGCAGAACAUGAGGAGUCGUACGCAGCAAGAAAUACGCUCGACUCACGAUUUAGUCGUCAGUUGGAAAGCGGUGAGAGACCAGGCGAAGGUAGUCCGUGACAUCGAGCAGGAAUCUGUCGAAUGGGUGGCGCGAGUCCAGCAAAGUAUUGACGACACACCAACUGAGGAGAACCCGGAUGCUUUGAAAGGUAUGAAAGAGUCGGUCACCAGAUGGAACACAAGUCUGCUUGAACGUCUUCCUCAACUGACUGUUGCUCAUGCGGCUAUCGAAGUGUCCCGGGAACCAGUCGAAGAGAUGUCGCCCUCGUUGAUAAGCAAAUAUUCUGGGGCCUUUCGAUUGACGCCACCUGAUACCCCGCCGCUAUCGAGUGAAGGUUCAGUGCCAGAAGUGGACAUUGCCGAACAUUUGGAACAUCUAGACGAGGAGGCCCGGGUGCGAGUCAACGAGGCUCAAGCUAGAGUGGCCGCGGCCCUUCAUCAUGCAUUACAUCCCCCUCCCCCUCCCCAAGACGACAGUUUCGAAUCUGCUCGUCGGCUCGACAAAUCGAUCCUGAAGGAAACCCAGCGUCAAGAGAAAAAUCGUCUUAUCUCCCGUCUACUGGCUUUGGACUUGGCAUCGAUUGUUAUGCCUCCCGAAGUCGAGGACGAUGUGGAAUCACUUGGCGUUCGUCUACCUGACAAGGACAGCUUAGCGUUGAUCAGAGACGAGGUGAAGGCGAUCACGGUUGAGGUCGAGGACAAGUUACCUGCCGAUGAAUUGUUCAUGGAGCUGGAAACUGCUCGAAGCCAAAUCGCUCGAUUAGACCAGUUGGAGGAAUUUACAUUCUCUGUGGAACAAGCCGACAAAAUUAUCAGUGAAAUUCUUGUCAUCAUCGAUAUGGACCUCGAUCAUGAGGUCUUCUUGAAGCAAGCGUCAGCCGCUAUGACUAAAGUAGAAGAGGCGUCAACAGAGCUGAGAGAUGAUCUUCGAGUUCGCUUUGAGAUCCGACGUUUGCGAAACACGUUAAAGAUGAUCGAGUCGAUAGAUAAACCCACAGAAAACGAAUCGUCUGAAACAGAAAGCAGCAUUUCAACUCCUCCGACUGUAUCACCAAGAUCGAUUCAAUCUACCCAUUCUUCAAUGCGAGCAGCUUUCACUCCUCGUUCCAUCUUCUCCCCUGACGCACCGAGAUACCGUGCAACGUCCGGAUCUCAAAUACCUCAUCAUCUCAGUCGAAUACCCAUCUCAACCUCCCCUGGCCCUCACGCCAACCGCCUUUCCCACGUUUCGUCUCAUAUGCGGUCUUUUUCAUCUGAACUGCCCCUCAUAUCUUCCACUCCGAGACCUCUUCCAGUAACUCCAAAACGCAGAUACGUUUCUAAUCCGCGUAGCAAGCUCGAUGUGGCCGUGGGUAAAGUGGUCAAUAAACUGAAGGUUCAUGUGCCUGUUGUACCUGUCAACCAGGAGAUUGCCCCACUGGAAGAAGGAUGGGAGACUGAGACCGGAAGUUAUUGGAUAGGAGCGAAAGGAAGGGCUAGACUGUGUUAUUGUCGUAUAUUACGGAGUAAAAUGGUCAUGGUGCGUGUCGGUGGAGGUUGGUGCGAAUUGUCUCAAUUCUUGCAAGAUCAUUUUUCCGAGUUGACAGAACCUAUGCCCUCGCCAAACCUCACCACAUCAGUCAGACUCGGUUCCCCUGCACCUCACACCCCUCUACCCUCUCGGUCCCUCCCACGCUCCUUGUCCAAUUCUGUCGCAUCUCAACUCUCACCAAUGCACUACCUUCGCAAAGCCUCUGAUAGUCCCACCGUGAGAGAUGCUCAGAGGGAACAAUACGCCAGACCUUCCCCUUCCCACAAUAGACGACCUUGAUUCUAUUUCAUGAUAUGACGCAACGCGAUCACGACCUUACAACGUAUGACCAGAUUCAAGACCAAGACAUGUAUACGUAUAUUGUACUUCACAAACUCGAUUAUCAAGCAUAGUAGCUAGACGCAGUGACGGAGAAUGAUCAAUUAUGCUACAG